UAUACUAGUACUAGUAUCUUGGAGACUCGGAAAGAUUAAUGUUAUUGAAUGCAGAAACUCGGAAACAUCAAUAGUUGCCCCCGCUCAGACCAAUUCCCUAAGCGUUAUUCUUGGGAAUCAACCAACUACGUGGAUAUAAAACGAUUUGCUUUCCACAUCCAAGUCCUUUAGCCAUUCAUCCUCUAGUCUUCAACAUCUUAGACUCUGUUGGUUGCAAGGACUUUUCAUCACGACAAUGGUGAAGAAAUUUGAUGGGAAGUUCACUUGGGUGAUUGAGAAUUUCUCCUCUUUGCAAUCUAAGAAGAUUUAUUCUGACUCUUUUGUGAUAGGUGGCUGCAGAUGGCGUCUUGUAGCAUAUCCCAGGGAAAAUGACAAUAAUUACCUGUCUAUGUAUCUCGUUUCUGACGACAUGUCUUGGUAUGCUGCUUAUAAAGUGAGAGGAAAUGUAUAUUUCAACAUAACGAUGAUAAAUCAACUUUCUAAGAAACUCUCAAUAUGUGAAGAUUCUGAGCACUUGUAUGAUGUGCUUUCUCCUUUCCAUCGGGGUUUUGAAUCCUGGAUACCCCUUAGUAAACUUCAUGCAGAAGAUGGCGGGUUCUUGUUAAAUGGAGAACUCAAGAUUGCAGUCAAAGUACAAGUAUCAGAUGUAUCAGCGGAACAUAGAGACGCAUCUGAUGACGCUCUGGUUGGUGUGUCAGGUGAAAUUAAAAAGACAACCAAAUUGCUGAGGAAGACGAAAGAAACCAUGGAUGCAAAACAUGGGUUUCAAAUUCUUCCUUCGCAAGAACGUUUUGUCACAUCGAUGGAGAAUCAAGUUGGAAUGAAGUUCGUCAGCGUGAUACAGAAUUUCUCCUUUAUGAAUACUGAGAAGUGUUACUCUGAUCCAUUUGCAAUCCGUGGCUUCAAAUGGCGUCUUCUUGCAGAAUGUGACCUUCUCUUUUUGCAUCUAUAUAUGUGCAUCAAUGAUUGUCCACCGUUUCCUUCUGCAGCUAUAAAAGUUCGAUUGACAAUAGUAAACCAGCUUUCCGAAAAGCUAUCAAUCUUGAAAGAAUCAGAGCAUUACUUUGAAGAGAAGUCUCCUACCUGGGGCUGUGCAAUCCCUACACAAAUCCUUGCAGAAGAUGGUGGAUUUCUUGUAAAUGGAGAUCUCAAGAUUGUUGCUGAGGUUAUUGGCGUACCAGAUGUAUCUGAUGAAUCCAUUCCCCUGAGAAAGUUAGAGGUCAAUGGGUUUCAUGUUCUUCCUUCACAGGUACAAUCAGUGAGGCUUAUAUUUGAAAGACAUCCUGAAACUGCAGUAGGAUUCCGUGCAAAGAACCAGUAUCUAAGGACAACAUUUAUGAACUUCUUGCUUAGCUUAAUCCAGACGCUGUAUCAGCCACUUCAAGAGCUCUCCAGUGAAGAUCUAGUGGAAGCAGACAUAGCCUUAACAUACUUGAGAGAUGUGGGAUUUAAGGUGGAUUGGUUGGAGAAUAAGCUGGACCAACUGAAGGCAAGGAAGGAGAAAGAGAGGGCUUGCGAGGCACGAGUGCAAGAAAUGGAGGCACAGCUUCAUGACUUGAAGCACAAGUUUGAGAUAGAAAAGGCAGAGUUGUCUGUCACUAGAGCUCCUCUCUCCUUCAAUGAUUUUGUUUGAUCAUUCCUUAAAAUAAGAGACUUACUUCUUAAAUUUCUCUUUCAUGAGUUCUUUUAUGAGUAUGAAUCUUGUUGAACAAGUAAUCUCUCUGGUAAUCUCUCUGAAAGAGUGUUGAGAAAAAACAGAGUGCUCUGCUUUCGUUGCAAUUCGGUUUAGAUGUUUUUUUUAGUAUAAG